AUGGAUCUGGCAGUUAGCCAAACUGCGUUUGCUCUUGUUCCGAUCACCCUAUUGGGAUCCAUCCUAAACUGGGCAAUUUUCUAUAGCAUCCAUAAACUGUCAUCGUUCGAAAACUCAUUUGGUUACCUAUCCGCUAACCAAGCAUUCACCGAUGCUUUACACUCAACCAUUUUCUUGCUCUAUUUCUGUCCAAUGGUCCUAUUGGACCAACCAAUCAUGAAGGCGUUUUCUCAUCACUGUGGAUUCUUGGUUCUUUUUUGCUAUGAAUUAUCAGUGAUGACCCAUUUGGCUAUCUCGUUAAACAGAUUCGCUGCUGCUUGGGAACCAUACUCUUAUGACUCCAUGUUCAGUCGAAAGAAAACAAAGCUCCUUAUUGUCUUUCUUUGGAUUUUUACCGGAUCAGUAGCUUAUCUUUUUUAUCGGCACUGGUGCCAUUUGUAUUACGAAGAGAAGACCCACUUUUUCACAUUCACCAAUACUGAGUUCUGUGGACUCAUCGGUUGGUAUGGGGACUUUUUGAAGAAUGCUGCAAUAGUUGUCGUGAUCGUUUGCAUUGAUAUUCUUACGGUUUUGAGAGUUCGCAAAAUUACUAGACAGGUUAGCACCGGAAUCAGCGAAGAAGCUCAACAUAAAUUCUCUGCUCGAGAUAUCCGGUUUCUAAAACAAACUGUCUUUCAAGGCGCUGUUUUCAUGUCCGAACUCUUGACCUAUUUUUUCUUCCCAAUGUACUUCCAGAAUGCAUGGAUCGUCUUUUUUGGAACCUCGUUUGCUUGGGUCGCUGUUCACGCGGCAGAUGGAAUGGUUGUUAUUGUGUGCAAUCCAGAAGUCCGACGAUAUCUGCUCUGCCGAAAGACCAAACAACAACUGAGCACAAAUACUCGAUCGCAUAACACCGAACAUAAUACCCGAUCACAUAUUUGA